ACUAUUCAAAAAUCUAAAAAAUGAUGUUCUAUUUAUGACAUGUUUGCUUGUUAGUCUUCUGUAAAAAUGAAGUUAACAUUAUUUGCCAGGAGAGGGCGAGCCUGUCAUCCAAUCAGUUUUUUAGCUGCACAAAUAGAUCUGUUCAUGACAUUACCAUCUAGUCUCCUCCUCCUAACUCACAAAAUAACCCUCCCAUUUUUUCACUGACACACAAAGGAGAGCUGCUGUUUUGCUGCAAUUCUAUGGAUGUAUUUAAUACAAGGAAAAGGGGAUUACAACCUAAAUUGCAUACUCAUGGGAUUAUAAAAGGAUCUAUAUUUUCUAACAUCUCAAGAUAUGGACAUGAGAAGCUCCUUAAAUGCUUGUAAAUGGCAAGUAAUAUUAUUCUUUCUUUGUAGCUGGGGCUGGGUCUCUGGGCAGCUUCGCUAUUCUAUUGUCGAGGAGUCAGAACCAGGCACAUUAAUAGGGAAUGUAGCUUAUGAUCUGGGAAUAAACCUGGCAGAUAUUAAUAAUAGACAGUUGAGUUUGGGAUCUGAAGGAAGCAGCAGAUUAUUUUCUGUGGCAAAUGGAGCUUUGACUGUGAAAGGGAGGAUUGAUAGAGAAAGUCUGUGUGGAUCCAGAUCAAGCUGUUUACUGUAUUUAGAAAUAAUAGCUGAGAAUCCAUUGGAACUGUUCAGUGUAGAAAUUGAUAUUUUGGAUGCAAAUGAUAACUCUCCCACAUUUCUAAAGCUUAAUCAAGUUAUAACAAUUUUAGAAUUAUUUGCUAAUCCUGGAAAAACAUUCCAUUUAGAAACAGCAAAGGAUCAAGAUGUAGGAACUAAUAGUGUUACACAGUACAGAUUAAAUCCAAACCCUUAUUUUUCUUUGUCUGUAAAGAAUCGUAAUGAUGGAACACUAAUUCCUGAAUUAGUGCUAGAAAAAAUUCUAGACAGGGAAGAAAAAAAAGAACACAAACUUAUUCUCACUGCUUUUGAUGGAGGAGAAAACCCACGGACAGGUUCUUGUGAGGUUACUGUUAUAGUUCAAGACUUCAAUGAUAAUGCACCAGUGUUUAAUCAAUCAACAUACAAGAUCAGCUUAUUUGAGAACCUCCCACUAAACACAGUUAUAAUAAAAUUAAAUGCUACAGAUAUGGAUGAAGGUUCCAAUGGGGAAGUUCAAUAUUCCUUUGUUGAACACAAUAUGGAUACAGCAACAGAAAUAUUUGAUUUAAACCCACAAACAGGAGAAAUAUUUGUUAAGGGGAAUAUAGAUUUUGAAAAAUCCCAAUUCUAUGAAUUAAAUAUCAAAGCAACUGAUAAAGGAGUACCUGAAUUAGAGGGACGCUGCCUUAUUCAGAUUGAGGUGCAAGAUGCAAAUGAUAAUACUCCAGAGAUUCUUUUUACCUCCAAGACAAAUGAAGUACCAGAAAAUGCACCACUGGGAACUGUUGUUGGCUUUAUCAGUGUCAGAGAUAAAGAUUCAGGAAGAAAUGGAGAGGUAAAACUAGAUAUAUCACCAAAUCUACCUUUUAAAUGUCAAUCCUUUAAGAACCGAUAUUCAUUAGUCACUAGUGGAUAUCUGGACAGAGAAAAGAUAUCUCAAUAUACUAUUAAGCUUACUGCAUCUGAUUUAGGUUCUCCAACUUUAUUCAAUCAAACUGUAAUUAUUCUAAAUAUUUCUGAUGUUAAUGAUAAUCAUCCAACAUUUAUGCAACCAGUUUAUAAUUCUUUCAUCAAAGAAAACAAUGAACCUGGCAGUUUGUUGUGCACUGUAUCUGCUACUGAUCUAGAUGAGGGAGCUAACUCAGAUGUGUUUUACUCUAUAGUUGAAAGCCAAAUAGAUGGUUCUGCCAUCUCUUCUUUUGUGUAUAUAAACUCUCAAAAUGGUAAUAUUUAUGCUCAACGUUCUUUUGACUAUGAGCAGAUUCAGGUUUUACAAAUCACAGCAAGAGCUGAAGAUGCAGGAUUCCCCAAGUUGUUGUCUAAUGUUUCAGUCUUCAUAUUCAUCAUGGAUGCAAAUGAUAACGCUCCCUCUAUACUAUAUCCACAAUUCUCAAGGGAGCUUAUUGUACAGGAAAAAAUUCCAAGAUCAGCAUCUGUUGAUUAUCUGGUCACAAAAGUGUCUGCAGUGGAUCAGGAUUCAGGCCACAAUGCCUGGCUUGUCUAUAGUCUUCUUGAAUCAACCAGUGACAGUUUAUUUCAGAUCUCAGAAUACAACGGAGAAAUCAGAAUAAUACGUAAUAUCCAUGAUGCAGAUAAUAAUGGGCAACAGGUUGUUGUUUUAGUUAGUGACCAUGGGGAGCCGUCCUUGUCAACUACAGUUACCAUAUAUGUAAAUAUCAUAGACAACAUUGUAAAUCAAAGUCCUAAAUCUCAGGAUUUCCUUACAAAUUCUCAACCUACACCAGAUAUAACUUUAUAUCUAAUUAUUUCACUGGUUGCAAUUAGUUUGGUCUCAAUUGUAACCUUUGUCAUAUUGCUUGUUAGAUGCUUGAAAAGGGGAAAUUAUGACAGCAGUUGUGGGUCUUGUUUUUCUAACAAAUCUCAACACAAGCAGUAUGCAGGAGAGUAUCAGCCCACACUUUUCCUGAACACAGAUGGAACCUUAAAAUACAUGGAAGUGAGGAUGGCACCUACAGAACCUCAAGGACAAUGCUACCAGGCUUGUUUUCCUACAGCGUCAGAAAACAAUGAAUUCACCUUCAUGAAACCACAAAAUUUUCCACAAUUAAAAGAAAUGGUCAAUGAAACAGGGUCAAAUUCUGAUUCAAAUUAUUCUCCUAAACUACAUCAGGUGAGAUAA